AUGCAAUACUGCAGUCUUAAUCCAUUUCUAGAUAUAAAAUCCAACGACUAUUACGUCCAGUUACGUAAACGUCAAUUUGGUUUUUACUAUAACAUACCCGAUGGUGAAACUCAUGCACCCUAUGAUGCCCAAUCGAAUGUCUUCUUCAUACAACUAUACGGUUUAAUGAACUCACAUGAUCCUCGGCGAAUUUUUCGAUUUCUAUCAACAGCUUUUGCAGCCUAUCCCAACAAAGAGUACUGUUUAAUCUCACUAACUGUGGUACAUCAAAUGACUGUAGUUCUCAAUGAAUUGUUAAAAUAUUUUAUACGUGUUAUACCUCGCCCUGGUUGUAAUUUAAAGGAACAACUCUUUAUUACUCAUCGAAGUGCUGUAUUUGGUGAUAUUUCCUUAUAUCCUGCUAGACCAAAUGAUUUAGACAAUAUUAAAGCUUUAAUAAAGCAAGAAAGAUCUAAUAUAUAUCCUUCAGCAAGACGUUCAGCACGAUCACGCAUAUCGACUAUAGCUGAUCGUAUGUCUUUUAAGUCUUAUCUUUCGUUACGUAGUGAUUCGUAUGUAGAUGUACCAGCUUAUCAAUAUGAUUUGGAACAGACUUUAAAAAUACUUAAACAUAUCUUUGAAGAUCGUUUUAGUGUGUAUAAAUGUUUUACCAUAAGAUGUGGUGAUGCCUGUAAGUCAAUAGACAAUAAUACUAUGGUGGGAUUUGUUAUAGUUAAACCUUUCCAUUUGAGUUGUUAUUUAAACAAACAGUAUCAUGUUUAUAAGGAGGGAGAGUUACAAAAUUUCUCAAAAGCUGAACUGGUGAUUUUAAAAUUACAUCCCUUCUUUCAAUUUCAAGCCGAUUUUAUAUUUCGUGAAUUGUCGAGACAAACAAGUUAUACACAUUUCUAUUAUUUCCGCUCAACAGAUCAAUAUUAUCUUUCUAAUGAUCUUGUUACUUAUAUGCAACCUUUAGAACCUCGUCGCAUUAAAAAGUUAUGGUUUAAUUAUUUAAGGAAAUUACCCAAAAUUGCUAAAAUUCCGAUUGCUAGUAAAAUUAAUGCAAUUGAUUGUAACGAUUUACUAAAUGGCCAUUUUGCGGUAUUUACUAAUAAUUUAAGACCCUCAACUAUUUUUGGCAAUACUUCGCAUAUAGUGAUCUUGGGCUUUAGCGAUAUCUGCAAGGCUUUCCUUAGGUUAAUGAUAUUUAGUUGGCAUAAUUUAAGCCAAAAUACGCAGGCCACCAUUAAGUGUCUACCCCAGUUAAAUAUUACAGUAAUCUGUAGUCCAGGAGUUAUGGAGGCAGAACAUGAACAUGGUUUUAAAUGUGAGACAUGUUGUAAAGAAUCGGGAGAUAUUUGUUGGACAGAUUUUAAAAAUAGUGAUGCCUUCAUAAGAGAUGUUUCCGAACGUAUGGAUACACGAACAUGGGUACGAUUUAUAAGCGGAAGAGUCAAGAGUAUAGAUCAAGAAAAUCAAUUGAUUCGAAUGGAAACAGAUUGUGAAAUCCCCUACGAAACUCUAUUACUAAUGUGUGGCACUGACUUUGGUGUACCCGAUCGUAUCUUUAAAGACGCCCGACCUCCUGCCAACUAUUCGCAUAUCAAUAAUCGUUUAGAUAAAAUACUAUUUUAUCAUAAAUUGCAAAUUCUUAAAAAUGAUUUACCAAAAAAUAUUAAAAAAUCUAUAGUGGUAUAUGGUUCACAUAUUCGGGCAUUUGAAUUUGUAAAUUUUCUUUUAAAACAUGACAUUAAGGGAAAGGAAAUCCAUUUAGUUUUACCCUAUACCAUGAGAAAUAUGCAAUUGGGUUUAACUUUGAAUAAUUCUUCAGAAGACCAUGGAAUCGAGGAAGUUUUAAGAGAAAUGUUAGAAGAUAUGGGAGUGCAGAUAUAUGAACAGCUCAAUUUGUGCGACUAUUCUUUACAUGAUGAUGAUGAAAAUCUAAAAGAUGUUUCGUUUAAGAAGUUUAUAGGGGGUGAAGUGAUUACAAUGGAGUGUGAUUUAUUUGUUAGUUUUUGUGAGGUCUAUCUGGCGGGACCUUUAUUAGAAAUUUUUAAGAAAUCCAAAAUACAUUGCGAUAUCAAUUGUGUUUUGGUAAAUGAAAAUUAUAAAACUUCUGUUGAAAAUAUUUAUGCCAUGGGAAAUUUCAUAAAACAUAAACUAGAACCAAAUCAUCAAUAUCGUUUUGUCAGUCCUCAAGAGGCGGCCGAAAAGAUCAUCAAUAUUUUGGGCUUAAAUGAGUAUAAAGGAAAUGCCCCAUCGCCGUCGCAUGAGACGAAAUUUUCCAAAUCAUCUUAUUUUCAAGCCCAACUACCCAAGGAUUAUUUAUUUUUUAAAGUUGUCAUACCAAAACGUUAUCUGGCCAAUCAUUUAAAUAAUGACUAUGGAUUUCCAUUGAUUAGCUACUAUGAGGGAGACUUUUCCCGAGUACGUUUAAAUGAACAUGGUGUGGUGGAGGAAAUUGUUAUUGUAACACAAAAGAAAAUAAAAUUUGAUUUUUUGAAAUUCUUUUGUGGACGACAUGAGCUAUUGUUAAAUAAUUUAAAAUCUCGUUGGUUUCUCAAGGAUAUUGUAAAUUUCGUAGAUUUUUUUCAAGAACCCUGGACUGAACUACUUAUGCAUGAAGAAUUCGAAAAUUUAAGAAUGAUUAAUAAAUAUUUAAUAAUGGGAGUAGCAAAAGAGGUUUUUAAAGAGGAUACCGAUCGUAAUACCCGCCGCAAUUUACUACAAACAUAUUGUCAAAAUUUAGGUAUAAACAAUCAACUAGAAUAUGCUCUUUUAGAAUUCAUACGUCAACAUCGUGAAGAUUUCUCUGAAAAUUUAGCUCUACCCGAAGAUUUUUCUCAAAAUUCCUAAAUUUAAAUGAAAAAUUUACAAAUCAUAAAUUUGUAAUUAUGUUCUUUUUUAUGUUUGUUUGAAUAUCUUUACGAAUGGGGUGAUAAUUUUGAUUGAGAUAACAAUAAAAAAUAAAGAAUUACAUAAAAUAAUAUUAAUUUAACAAAA